AUGGCGGACCGUGAGCACGAGGAUGACUUGAACCCUACUAAGACGGAGGGCUUCAAGGUUGGCGAGAAGAAAACAGUGGAAGAGUACCAACAACUCGAUGCAAACGAUGAAUCUCUCAACCGAUGGAAAGCCUCACUGGGCUUAGGAAGUGGCACUCCGAUCUCCGAUCCCAAUGACCCCCGCAAAUGUAUCAUCAAAGCCCUCGCAUUGGAAGUUGAAGGAAGAAGGGAUAUCUCGGUUGAUCUAUCUGCCCCGGGCUCCGUUGAACAGCUUAAAAAUAAACCCUUCACAAUCAAAGAAGGUUCCAAGUUUCGAAUGAAGGCGACUUUCCAGGUUCAGCAUGAAGUGCUGAGCGGGUUGAAAUACGUUCAAGUAGUUAAAAGGAAGGGAAUGAGGGUGAGCAAGGACCAAGAAAUGCUUGGAAGCUAUGCGCCAAAUACCACCGACAAGCCGGUCCACGAGAAGAAAUUCAACGAAGAGCAGGCACCAUCUGGUAUGCUGGCCCGUGGGCACUAUACUGCGCUUUCGAGGUUCGUGGACGACGAUGAUCACACCUAUUUGCAAUUCGAAUGGUCGUUCGAUAUUUCCAAGGACUGGUGA